AUGUCGGGUCCAAGAAAGGGACUCGUUCAUCAAUAUACAUCCCGCCUCACAGCUUUCGAGCACACCCCCACCACACCUCCAUUACCACCCCAAAAUAUCCUCGUCUUCAUUGGCGGUCUCUUCGAUGGCCUUCUCACAGUGCCCUAUACGACUCCGCUCGCAGCCUCCCUCCCACCAAGCUGGACUCUAGCUCAAGUCCACCUCUCAUCCUCGUACACUGGCUGGGGAACAUCCAACCUGCAGAAAGACGUGGCCGAACUCUCCAGAUGCGUCAAGUAUUUUCGGGGCAUCAAGACCGGGAAAAUAGUCCUCAUAGGUCACUCCACCGGCUGUCAAGAUAUCAUCGAGUACCUAACCGGCUCUGGACACGCCUCUCGCGCAAAAAUCGACGGCGGGAUCCUCCAAGGCCCAGUAAGUGAUCGUCAAGCCAUCGAAAGCGGACUCGAUCCUGCUCUCUACUCAGGGAGUUGUGCCGCAGCUAAAGCCAUGGUUGAAGCUGGUGACGGAGAUGAGAUCCUGCCUUCUAAAACUAUGAAGAGUUUCUUUGGGCCGGCGCCUGUGUCUGCUGAAAGAUGGUUGUCGCUAGCGAGUCCGGAUCAUGAUGGCGAUGAUGAUUUCUUCAGCUCGGAUUUGAAUGACGAGCGGUUGAUGAAGACUUUUGGGGCUCUACCGAGAGAGACACCUUUGUGUGUGCUGCAUAGUGGGAGUGAUGAGUACGUGGAUCCGAAACUGGAUAAGGAGGGACUCAUUCGGAGGUGGAUUGAGAUUGCUAAGAAGGGAGAGGGAAGGAUAGAUGAGGCCAACUCCGGGAUAUUGGAGGGUGCGUUGCAUAAUUUGAAGGGAGCUUCGGAGGAGGUAAUGGAUGGGUUUGUGAAAAGGGUAUUGGGUUUCCUGGAGAGCUUGGAAGGGGCACAGGCGAAUCUGUAA